AUGGAGUCGACAGCAGUGACGACCGGCCAGCGGCCGGCCAGGUGUGUGAUGGCCAGGAGCACAACGGACGCCACGCCAUCUCGCUGGAGGUGCCGCUGCACGUCGAUCCAGCUGUUCACGCUCAUGUUUACCAACAGCGGCUUCGUGCAGGCUUUCUACCGCAAGCUCAAAUAUUACGAUGUGGCGUUCCCAGACUGGGAGGAAGGCGAAGACGGCGCCAAGACGCGCUGUAUACGCUUCCUGCUGGACGUCAUGGGCAAGACGUCCACGACCACCGUCACCGAGGAGCAGACGAUGUCGCCUAUCAGCCGGCCCGGCAGUCACUACGUCGUCAACUCGGAGGUCAGCAGUGCAGGCGUGCCCAUGGCUGACGUGUUCUACAACACCAAACACUACUGCAUCCGCAAGGUGUCUAACAACAAGACGCAGCUGGACGCCUGGACCAAGACUAAGUUCAGAAAGUUCACUGUUUUCAAAGCCUUCCUGGAGAAGACGGCCAACGACGGCAUGGAUGACCACCACAGCGUGCUGAAGCAGUCGCUGCUGGAGUGGACGAGCGGCACCGUCCUUCCGUGUGCUGCAGGUGGCGGCUCGGCGGUCCAACAGCCGUCGGCCGGCUCCGGUCGUCUUCUGCCGCUAGUGCUGGGCCUCACCCUGCUGCUGCUCGCUCUCAACGGCUAUCUGUACGUCCGCAUGGCCCGUCUGGGCCGCCAGACCGAGGCGCUCCUGCACAGCAGCCUGCUGGCCGCCGAGUUCAAUGCGGCUCCAGAGUGGAUGGAACGGCUGUCGUCGGUGCAGCAGCAGGAGGAGGCUCGACAGGCCGAGCUGGCCCGCUGGCACCAGGCGGUUCAGGCUGCCGCCGAGCUGGUCCGCAAGACAGAGUCAGCUCUCACACAGCUGCAGGGUACAAUGGACCCGGCCAAGCCGGGCUCGUCCGACAUCGCCCAGUCGCCUGCCGUCACCGCGCCGUCAACACGCCUGGGAACAUAGCACCGCAGACCCUGCACCGGCGCGAGCGGGCCCGUCCAGCUGGGCAGCACGGAGGGGUCGACCGACACCCUCUAGACAGCAGACUGACACCCUCUGGACAGCAGACGAACAGUCUCUGAACAGCACACGAACAGUCUCUGAGUAGCAGGCCAACGUCCUCUGAAAAAAGACCACCGGACGCGAAACGGCGGAC